AUGGCCCUCUUAGCACUCAGACUGUGUCCACUAAACGUCUACAUUGUGCGAAAUGACAUAAAAAUUUAUGUUUUAGCUGCAAAUAUAUCAUUAUCGAAUUGUAAGGACUCGGAGAAGAAUGGAUCCCUGAUCUAUAUAGACUUUCACAACAUCAGACCUCCAUGUACUUGUACCGUAAUUCCAUCAUUUGAAGGCGACAUCGAGGUUACGUCAGAGAAAACUGAAGAACCCUGUAGCACAAUAAUAAGAAUAGAAGCCUCUGGAAGAUACUAUUCUUUCAAAUGCAAUCCUCAAAUAAAAGCUACACAAAUUACGAACAAUAUGUCUCAAACAGUUAAUGUUUAUCCUCAUUAUUAUGCAUUCUACAGUCGGGAACAGUCUUACCACUGUCUAGGGUUUCAACAGAAUAUCGAUGGGAGAGAAAAGGGGAAUAUCAGAGUUUUCUGUGGAAAUACACCUAAAAGUACGACAAGCCGCUCGACAGAAACGGGGAGUACGGAUUUUACAUCUUAUCAACAGCAGAAUUUAACCACCGUAACAGACUUUGGAUUUCACUCCAUAAAUGCUACAGACGAACUUCAGCCUGUUACAUCUAUUUUAACAUAUAUUAUAGUUGGAAUAUCCACAUGUGUAGGCAUGGGAUUCUUUGCUCUUGUAAUUCUUGUGCUGGCUUGUAGGAUUCGGUAGCAAAAACAAAAAAGAAGAAAUACGCAAUCAACAGAGGAAUUUCGUACAGAUCAUGAAAGUUAUAAUGUAUUCAACAAACCUUUACCAGAUAACCCUCUAUACAAUUCCAAUGAAUUCCCAAGCGAAGUCGGAUAUUCUACAAUACAUGAUCAGCAAGAAGGUUCCCAGUUAUCAACGCAAGGGAACGAUGUCGAAAGACAGAUAGUUUAUACCAGACUAACACAGAAAGAAAUAGCAGAUAGGCAUGUGGCUGAAAUUCCUAUCUAUGCAGUUCCUACAAAGUCCAAAAAGAAAACCAUGAGCGAUACAGCCGGAGCAGUCUAUGCUCAAGUAAGCAGGCCACAGGUAAAUGUUAAAAACAGUCCUGUUCGAAGUAGGAAUCAAGAUGGUCUUGCGUAUAUUGAUGUAGAUCAUUCCAAUAUUUUGCACGCCCAAGAACAA